AUGGAACAAUUGAAUAGAAAUGACCUAAAAAAUCUUUCUAAAACUUGUCGAUGGUUAUAUCGCAUGUCAACUAAAUUUCGUUUCGGAUUCGUGUCACCUGAAUGGGAAGCCGUAAAUGAUUUUGAUGUUAAGAACAGUAACGUCAUCGCUUCUAAUUAUCGAGAUGGUGUAUGGUCAGAUAAUAUUUUCUAUCUUGUGAUCUUUUCCAAAGACGAGCCAAUUUGUUGGUCACUUGAUAUAACCGUUCACCCGAUCACGUGGACUAGCAAACCAAUUAAGAUAGUUUUAGACUCUCACGAUUCAUACGAACCAGUUCGGUAUACUGCCGCAACGAUCAUUGCAAAAAUAAUGUAUAUAUUUGGUGGUGAAAAUAUAGAAACCGAAAAAUUAUCUAAUGUGCUCUAUGAAUUAGAUAUUAAAACUUAUAAUAUGCGUAAGGUAGAAUCCUCAUCGACCCCUGCUCCUCGAAAAAUGCAUACACUUAAUGCUAUCGAUGGUAAUCGGUUGAUAAUGUUUGGCGGAAGAUGUUUAAGAGGUGAAGAAGUUUAUGAUACUCAACAUUUUGCCAUUUAUGAUGUAAAAAAAAAUAUUUGGACUUACCAUACAGAAUCAAAUAACAUGCCCUAUCGACGUGCUUCGCAUAGUACUACUGUAUUUGAUGAAAAGCUUUACAUUUUUGGCGGGCAACAAAUAAAUUCUACUACCACAAAGGAAACGGAGAUACAUGAUGAUAAGGAUCUUCAUUUUUAUGAUGUUCGUCAUAAUAAUUGGCAUAAAUUAAUUACUCCUUAUCCUGAUGGUUCACGAUUAUCGCCUACAUUAUCUCUUCCAUCAGAUUGGAUAGCAACAGAUGGAAGUAAAGUCGGAAGAAGAGUACAUGCAGCGAUGUUUUCGAUGCACCAUCAUAUUUUCAUUUUAAGUGGAAUGGAAAGAGAUGAGCUUAAUUAUGAAAAAGAGGGUCGACCAUGGGAGCUUUUGAAAUCUUUAUCAUUAGAGGAACGCAAUUGGGAUCAUAUAAGAGUUAAAGGAUUACCACAGAUGGGUUGCGUUGCUGUGGUAAGUGAAUAUAAGAAUGAAACAAUAGGAAUAUUUGUUAUCGGAAAGGUUCAUGAUGAUGAUAAAUUAAUUAUGGGAUGGAUUAAAGAUUCCAUUGAUAUAUGA